GUCGCCCCGCAGCAUCUCCUGCCUCCGGGGUCCCGCACGCGACCAUACAGAUUUGUCCAUGUACCAAAAGUAUUCCCAGCAAGGCACAGUGUAUUCCCAUGCCGACGGAAUUAUUCAACAGCUGGUGCUUCGGCGCAGAGUCGACCGAUGGAGCCUGCUCCCAGCCAGCUAGACUUCAAAACUCACGACCUCGGGUGGGAGAAGAUCCAAGCACAAGUCGAGCCGUACUUCGGUGAGCACUGGAAUUUUGCGAGCGAGAAGGAGAAACAGGCAUUUUACGAUGUGGGAUUCUCGCGAGCCUUCAGUUGCUUCUUCCCGUUGACGCUGGAGGACCGCGUCGAAGCGACCUGCCGGAUGCAUUACUUGCCCCUGCUUAUUGAUGACCAGCUAGAUAACAUGAACUUGUCAGACAUGCUCUCUUACCGGGCGCGUAUCAUACAGAUCGCACGUCGCCAGUCCACACCGAACAAGAGCGUCUGCGUCGAGUGGAUGCUUGCCGACACCAUCCAGCUCGCUCAGAGCAUCGACGAAAAACUGGCCAACGAGCUGGUUCAAGGAUUCUGCUCUCUGCUCAUGGCUCAGACAGCCCCAGAGCGCACCUCGGUGAAGGAUUUAGGCUCCUAUCUUGAGCACCGCGAGAUCGAUGUCGGGAGACCCUUCUAUACUGCACUUAUCAGAUUCGGCGCCAAUCUGGACAUCAACAGUGGCGACCUCAAACAGAUCAGUGCUCUGGAAAGUUACACAUUCCGAUUCCUCGGUGUUUUGAACGACAUCUACAGCUGGGAAAAGGAAUGGAAGGCAUACCAGGCCCGGCCAACAGACGGUUCGCACCCGUUCUCUGCAAUCCACGUGUUGUCCCAAGAGAUAGGGCUGUCCCACACGGCUUGCAAGCGGCUGAUGUACAGCUACUGCCGCGAACUAGAGGCUAGUUUCAAAGAAACCGUAGAGACAACCACACGCGAUAACGGACACCUCCUCAGCCCUGAUAUGGAGCGAUACGUCAAAGGGCUGGAGUAUCUCAUGAGCGGGUUUGAGAAAUGGCAUCAAUGGACGCCGAGAUAUCGAUCAUGA